AUGGCUGAAUCUCUUGAAAGUGAGAAACCGUACCAAUGCGACUUUAAGGACUGUGAGCGAAGGUUCUCUCGUUCAGACCAACUCAAACGACACCAAAGACGACACACAGGUGUGAAACCCUUCCAGUGUAAAACCUGUCAGAGAAAGUUCUCCAGAUCUGAUCAUCUGAAGACUCAUACCAGGACUCAUACAGGUAAAACAAGUGAAAAACCAUUCAGCUGUAGAUGGCCCAGCUGUCAAAAAAAAUUUGCCAGAUCCGAUGAAUUAGUCCGUCAUCACAACAUGCACCAGAGGAACAUGACUAAACUUCAGUUGGCCCUUUAGACAAUUCAAACAAAUGAAUAAACCAGAUGGGACAUUGUGAACUACUGCAAACUUUUCCAUCAUCCUUGACCACCUCUUUAGGAAAGCUACGGCUGUCUUCACUACCCAGUUGAGACAAGUUAACUAAACCGUAGGAUUCUGUUCAGUUUUGUCAUCCAUUUGGACUUAAAAAAAAAUUCCCAUUCAAUGUUAAGUGUUUUUUUGUGUUUUUUUUUGUAACGUUGUUAUGGAAUUACAAAGACUGUUACAGUUAAAAUAUUACUAUGAACUAUAGUUACUUUUGAUGUUUUUUUCUCUAAAAAGCUUUCAAUUUUUAUUUCUACUUGAACUUUUCCAGGUGCAAAUUCAUUGCACCUUAUUCAAUCAAACCAUGUGUAGGGCAUGUGUGCAUGUCUGCUAAGGUAAGCUCUAUGCUUACUGCAUAUGUGCAUAUGGUUAGGUUUCCAAAUUCUAAUACAACCACACACUCCAAAAAAAACACCUGAGACAUUUCUGGUAAGCUUUGUACUUCUACUGCCUAAGGGCAAUUUUUUAAAAUGUAAGGUCUGAUUUGAAUUUCAAAAAUCAACUUUAAAAAAAACCCCACAGUUUCUAGAGCAGCUAAAGUUAGAUGAAGCAGUACUACUUUGUGCAGAAAAUGAGAAUCUUACAAUUAAGUUAACUUGCUUUUAACAUUAUAGCAGUGACCCCCAAAACUGUAUUUUCUCUGUUUAAAUCACUUUUUUGUACUAGUUUAAAUAUAUUCCAUCAUGAGAUGCACAGAUCAUCUUCUUACCCCAAACGGAUUCUAGUCAUUGUAGACAUUUGGGAUUUGUUUACAAUGUAAACCACACUGGUUAUGUGGUUAGCAAGUUGUAUAAACUUAAAACUGAACUUAAAUGGGGCUGGUCCAGGAUCUCCAUUAACAGAUUACUCUUAAGAUAAGUAACUUAAAAAGACUCUUCGUCAAGUAUAUGUGAAAAGAGACAUUAGUGUGAGGAAAUAUUAUUUCAGGGUUUUGGGAGGAGGGGUUUAUUAUUUCCUAUUAAUUGCUUGAAAUUGUGUGUGUGUGUAUAUAUAUAUAUAUAUCUGAUAAUGUAUUGCUCUUAGACAACUAAAAUUAGAAAGUGUAUAAAUAUUAGAUGCAUCACUGUUCUGAUGUUGUUGCUGUUACAAAUUAUUGAUAACACUAAGAAUGUAACCUGCAUUUUUCACCAAGCUUUCAAUUAAAGCCCCUUCAAAGAGAUAAAAAAA